ACAAGAGAGAGUUGCUUUGGAGGAGAUGGAGAAGGAGCUGAGCCAACCUGGGCUAACUUUACAAGAGAGGGAGCAGGCCAUGCAGGGGGAGAGGAGCGAGAACAAGGUGGCCCUGGAGGAGAAGGAGAGGAAGCUGACCGAGCUCAGAGUUGUCCUGCAGGAGAGGGAGAAGGCUGUCAUGAAGGAGGAGAAACAAGAGAGAGUUGCUUUGGAGGAGAUGGAGAAGGAGCUGAGCCAACUCAGGCUAACUUUACAAGAGAGGGAGCAGGCCAUGCAGGAGCAGAAGAAGAGAGAGCUGAAUGAACUCAGUGGUAUUCUGCAGGAGAGAGAGUCGACUGCCAUAAAGGAGAAGGAAAGAGCGCAAGCUGCACUUGAGGACAAGGAGAAUGAGCUAGCCCAAAUCAGGGCUUCUCUUCAGGAGAGAGAGAUGGACUGCAAUGAGAAGGAGAAGGAGCUAGCUCAUCUCAAGAUAUCUCUUCAGGAGAGAGAGAUGGACUGCAAUGAGAAGGAGAAGGAGCUAGCUCAUCUCAAGAUAUCUCUUCAGGAGAGAGAGAUGGACUGCAAUGAGAAGGAGAAGGAACUAGCUCAUCUCAAGAUAUCUCUUCAGGAGAGAGAGAAGGCCACCGUUGAGAACGAGAAGGAACUAGCUCAUCUCAGGGGAGUUCUUCAGGAGAGAGAGAAGGCUGCUGUGGUAAACGAGAAGGAACUAGCUCAUCUCAAAAUAUCUCUUCAGGAGAGAGAGAAGGCUGCCGUGGCAAACGAGAAGGAACUAGCUCAUCUCAAGAUAUCUCUUCAGGAGGGAGAGAUGGACUGCAAUGAGAAGGAGAAGGAGCUAGCUCAGCUCAAGAUAUCUCUUCAGGAGAGAGAGAAGGCUGCCGUGGAGAAGGAGAAGGAGCUAGCUCAGCUCAGGGGAGUUCUUCAGGAGAGAGAGAAGGAUUCUCUGGGGAAAGAGAAGGAGCUGGACCAACUCAGACUAGCACUACAGGAGAGAGAGAUGGACUGCAAUGAGAAGGAGAAGGAGCUAGCUCAGCUCAAGAUAUCUCUUCAGGAGAGAGAGAAGGCUGCCGUGGAGAAGGAGCUAGCUCAGCUCAGGGGAGUUCUUCAGGAGAGAGAGAAGGAUUCUCUGGGGAAAGAGAAGGAGCUGGACCAACUCAGACUAGCACUACAGGAGAGAGAGAUGGACUCCCGUGAGAAAGAGAGUGAGCUGGAUCAACUCAGGCUGACUUUGCAGGAGGGAGGAGGAAGAGGAGGAAAGGCAGGAGACGAAGAGCAGGAGGAGCAGCGAGAGGCAAGUGAUGCUCCUCUUCCUUGCUGCCACGUGGCAGAGACUCUGGAGACCUCAGACAGCAUCCAGUAUCAGCAGAGCCUCUGGCAAAAGAGCAAGCAUGACAAACACACUCAGGUUCCUGGGCUCCAGGAGGAGGGUGAGGGAGCCAGGCUGGUUGCCCGAGGCUGCCUGUCCCCAGGGGCCGAGGCUGGGGGUGAAGCUGGAUGCCUGGAGGCCCACAGUGGCCUGGCGGGCGAUGGAGAGGCCCAGGGAGACGCCAGCAACCUCCAGACCCAGAUAACCUGCCUGAAGCAGCAGCUGGAGGAGUCGGAGACGAGACACAGAGAAGUUCUCUCCAUGUAUCGGGCUCGGCUGCUGGAAGCAGCUCAGGGCUACAUGGAUGAGGAGGCUCGGGCGGCCUUGCUGCAGAUAGCCGUGAUGAGGCGAGAGUGUGUGUAUUGACCCUGAAUCUCCCUGAGCGCCUACAUCCGUAACGGACUGAUGGAGUGGCCUCUGCACUGUGUGUGUGUGUGUGUGUGUGUGUGUGUGUGUGUUAUGAACAGCAAUAGCACCAAGUCAUCUGAGGACUUGCAGAAAAUAUGUGUGUGAGGAGGGAGGGUGAGAUGGGAUCAGAGGUGUAAAGGGGGCUGCUGUCAUUGUGUCAGGAGUUCAAAUGAGAGUUUGUGUCAAGACCCAAAGAAAUAGAAGGACUUUUUCUUCCAUGUACAAUGUACAUUACUUCAAUAUACAGUACUUUUCUUAAAAGUAUCUUUCUGAAAGGUUGAAAAAUUGACUAUUAUUCUGCUUUCUCAUUCUUCUCUCAAUACAUGAAAUAAAUUCAAAAUAAAAAGUA